CGGUCACACUCCACGCAACCUCUGCCAAAAAAAAGUACGCGAAAAAUAUGCCAUAAAAAGCGAGAAUCGAGCGUGUUUAUUUUGCUUUCGCGGGUAUCAAAGUGCGCAGCAGCCGCGGGCCGAUCAGCGCCCCACCCACAACCCACUAGCGCCGCCCAAGGAGACCGAGACAGCCGGCGGGAAGAUGGCGGAUCCGCUCAGUCUGCUGCGGCAGUACAACAUAAACAAAAAGGAGAUUGUCGAGCGCGACAGCCAGAUCAUCUUCGGCGAGUUCUCCUGGCCGAAGAGCGUGAAGACCAACUAUCUCAAAUAUGGCUCCGGCAAGAAGGGCGCUCCACGUGAGUACUACACGCUGGAGUGCCUGCUGUACCUGCUCAAGAAUGUGAUGCUGCAGCACUCGGUGUACGUGCGGCAGUGCGCCGCCGAGGACAUACCCGCCGUGAACCGGCCGGAUCGCAAGGAGCUGCUGGCCUACCUCAAUGGCGAGACGCCCACGUGCGCCAGCAUCGACAAGAGCGCCCCGCUGGAGAUUCCCACCCAGGUGAAGCGGGCAGCCGAGGGCGAACCCUCCAGCGUGGAGGUGGCCGCCAAGAAGGCCCGCUUCGAGGAGACCCAGGUGCAGAAGGUGCGCGAGCAGCUGGCCGCCCGGUGGGAUGUCAACCAGAAGGAGACCGCCGUAAACAUGGACAACAUCAAGUCGCUGUCCGAGACGAUGUCCGUGGAGAAGAUCGCGGCCAUCAAGGCCAAGCGUCUGGCCAACAAGCGAACGACCAUCAAGCGGACGGACAAUGACGAGACCAUGGGCACCGACCUGCGCGCCAUCCUCGACUACGACGUGGACUCCACCAAGGACAUCAUCAGCCGCGAGCGGCAGUGGCGCACGCGAACCUCGAUACUGCAGAGCACCGGCAAGAUCUUCGCCAAGAACAUCUUCGCCAUGCUGCAGGGCAUCAAGGCGCGCGAGGAGGGACGCAACCGGCCGCAGGCGCCCAAUCCCAUCAAGAUGCCGGAGCCGGCGCGCAUAGCCAAGCCGCAGCCGCAGCUCUCGCAGUACAAUCGUUACGAUCAGGAGCGAUUCAAUCGGCAGAAGGAGGAGACCGAGGGCUUCAAGAUCGACACGCUGGGCACGUACCACGGCAUGUCGCUGAAAUCGGUGACGGAGGGCUCGCUGGCGCAGCGCAAGGCGCAGGCGAACAGUCUGCCGGGGGCACCGGGUGGCGGAAUGCCCGGAGCACCGACCGCCGGUCGGCCCAAGGAGCUGCUGCCCACGGCCCAGGCCCGGCAACUGCCCGCCAACGGACCCUCGAAGCGACCCUCGCGCACCCCCAUCAUCAUCAUACCGUCUGCCAACACAAGCCUCAUCACCAUGCUCAACGUGAAGGACGUCCUGCAGGAGCUGCGCUUCAUGUCCACCGCCGAGAAGAAGCUGCAGGGCUGCCAGCGCGACAGCGAAGUGCUGCUACAGCGAAAACGGAACAAUCAGACUGUGUCUUACCGGGUGAUAGACAAUCCCAUCAAGCUCUCGCAGCAGGAUUGGCAGCGGGUGGUGGCCGUCUUCGUUAUGGGGCCACAGUGGCAGUUCAAGGGCUGGCCCUGGGACGGCAAUCCCGUCGAGAUAUUCUCAAAGAUUUGCGCCUUUCACUUGUGCUUUAGCGAGCUGAAAUUGGACUCCAAUGUGGAGCGCUGGUCGGUGACACUUCUGCGACUCUCGCAAAACAAGCGGCAUCUGGAUCGGGCCGUGCUCAGCAAAUUCUGGGAAACCUUGGACAAAUAUAUGGCCAAAUACAAGCCUGAUCUGCGGUUUUAGCCCUAAUCGCACCCUUUGAUCGUUCUGCUGAAGAAUCUUUAAUGCAAUGAUGACACCUGCACAGUUCCCAAAACCACUCCGGAUUAGUUACCAAUAUUAUAUACAAUCUGUAACCUUGCAUUGAACAACGCAAAGUUAAAUUCAC